CCUUCUCAACUUCACAGCAGUCGAGACCCGGUGGCUGACGAGGACACUACUGACUCUGCUCUGACAUAUUUUUUUUUUAAACUUAUUGUGUGACACGCACCGCGCAGACAUGGCUCAGGUGAACACCUGCCUCAAACGGACCUUCACCGUCUUCAACAUCAUCUUAGCGCUUAUCGGCGCUGCCAUCAUCACGCUCGGCAUCCUGACUCAGGUUAUGACCAGAGGUAGCAGUGCCUUGAACGUGGAAGACCGCUACUUCAGCCUCAUCGUCCUGUACAUUAUUGGCGGUGCUACCUUGGGGAUCGCAUUCUUGGGAAUCUACGGCUCCAACAAAGAGAAUUAUGCUGCCAUGGUAGUGUACUUGGUGUUGAUGGUCUGUGGGACUCUGGCGAUGCUCCGGAUUGGAAUUCCUACAGCGGCCUUCCGCCCAAAGCUGGAAGGAGAGUUGGAGAAAACCUUCCGUCGUGCCACACCUCUGAACGAAGCUUCAGAGGAAGUUCAGGACAUGAUGAACAAUGUGCAGUCAGCGCUGCACUGCUGCGGUCUGUUCAGCGCGGAUGACUGGAAUCAGGAAAUCCCAGACUCGUGUUCCUGUGACCCCGAGGGGGAGGACGAAUGUCGCCUCGUCGACUACAUGUCUCUCUUGCGGAAGAAGAGGUCCAUCUACAGCCAGUCCUGCCUGCCCCUCAUCAUGCCCUACUUCGUGUUGGCGUUUGACAUCGUGAUCGGAGUGGCCUUCUCAAACUGUGUGCUGGUGCUGAUGGGCUUGAUCCUCUCUGCGAUCAUCAUCCACCAGAUGCGUCACAGCAAGACACCCGCCACGCGGCUUUCUGUGCCAGCCGUCUUCACACACAUGCCGCCCAAAUACCAGGAGUUGCAAAACCCCCCCAGCUACUGAGCACCCUGCUGUCGGAGGCAUGAAUCUCUGUCCACCUGUGUAUCCACCAGCAUUCCUGUUCAAGCCUGAAAUAUUUACACUUUUCUAACAAUAAUCUUCACCCUUUCAGUAAAAGAGCUUCGCACCCCACCAGUAGUUUAAGGGAAACUGAAAGUUUUGAUGAGCAACGUUACAAACGGGCAAGUGCUUCUUGUGUGAGAGUUUUUUUCUGAAUUGUAUUUUCUAAUUUGGCACUUGUACUUUCUUUCUGGUUUCAAACCUGUGGUGAAAUGCUUUUUAUUUUGUUACAAGUGUGCCAAUCUGAAUAAAACGUUUCGGAUCCACAA